AUGCCGAUGAAACUGGACGGAAGCUGCCAAUGCGGCAGCAUCGAAUUCAGCCUUGACACCUCCACCCCAGUCCCCUACCAGCUUUGCGCCUGCAGUAUCUGCCGGAAGGUAGGCGGGUAUAGCGGCAGCGUCAAUCUGGGCGGCAUAGCCGAUAGCCUCCAGAUCAAGAAGGGGAAGGACCUGAUCAAGAAAUAUUCCGCGAUCAAGGGUCGCGGAACUUCAGACGAGCAGAUCUGCUCGUCCGAGCGGAAUUUCUGCUCCAAUUGCAGCACUAUGCUCUGGCUUUGGGAUCAUCACUGGCCGGAGCUGAUUCAUCCCUUUGCUUCGGCGAUUGAUACCGAGUUGCCGGUUCCUGAUGAGAUGGUCUGCAUCAUGGAGAGCUCGAAGCCGGCAUGGGUGCGGUGGCCCGAGGGGAAGAAGCAGGUGCACCAAGUUUACGGGAAGGAGAGCCUGGAGGGAUGGCACAAGAAGCACAAUCUGUUUUACGAGUAAAUACGUGACUAGGAAAUGAUACGAAGUUUUACGAG